CUCGCACUGGCUGACGGCGCAGUCACUAGAAAGUGGACGAGGUUGCUAUGGGCUUCGGGUUAUGAGGGCAGAUAUUUGAUUUCCACUGGGCCACCUUUAGUGCAAGAAAUUGAGAGUGAAGCUCGUUAAUUUUGAAUUUCCACAUUUCUACUUGAAUUCAAGCAACUUCGAAUAGCCAUGGCCCUGAAGAAAAACGCACGAGGACACAAAAUGAAAGCCUCUUCUCACAGCGUCAUGGUUUAAUUUGACGAAGGCCACAGAACUGAAGCCAAAGCACAGCUGGCCAGUAAGAAUGGCAAGAAGCCUGAGGGAGCAGGGGGAAGCUCCUUCUUCACCUGGUUCAUGGUGCUGGCCCUCUUGGGUGUCUGGACCUCUGUGGCCGUCGUCUACUUCGACCUGGUCGACUACCAAGGCGUCAUCGGUAAACUUUCGUCCUAUGAUGCCGAUGGAGAUGGUGACUUCGAUGUGGAGGAUGCUAAAGUACUGCUAGGACUGAAAGAGAAGGCUACCGUCAUCAUUACCAGAGAUGCAGCACCAGAGGAGGCCCCUGCAGCACCUGUGGAAGAAGCCGCACCAGAACCCAUUGAAGAAGUGAUCGAGGCCAUAGAAGCAGAGGAAGCUGCUGCUCCCCCACCAGAGCUUGAGCCCGAGGUUGUGGAAGAACCUGAGGUGGUUGAAGAGGAAGAAGAGCCUGAGGUGGAUGAGCCUGAAAUCAUUGAGGAAGAGCCUGAGAUUCUGGAGGAGGAAGAAGAGGCUGUCGAGGAGGAGCCUGCUCCGUUCGAGGAGGUUGUUGAGGCAGCAUCAGUUGAGGAAGAGGCUGCCCCUGUGGAGGAGGAAGCUGCCCCUGUAGAAGAGGCCAUUGAGGAGGAGCCUGCUCCUUUCGAGGAGGUUGUUGAGGCAGCACCAGUUGAGGAAGAGGCUGCCCCUGUGGAGGAGGAAGCUGCCCCUGUAGAAGAGGCCAUUGAGGAGGAGCCUGCUCAGUUCGAGGAGGUUGUUGAGGCAGCAUCAGUUGAGGAAGAGGCUGCCCCUGUGGAGGAGGAAGCUGCCCCUGUAGAAGAGGCCAUUGAGGAGGAGGCUGCUCCUUUCGAGGAGGUUGUUGAGGCAGCACCAGUUGAGGAAGAGGCUGCCCCUGUGGAGGAGGAAGCUGCCCCUGUAGAAGAGACCAUUGAGGAGGAGGCUGCCCCAGUCGAGGAGGAGGUUGCAUCCGUAGAAGAGGAGGCUGCCCCCAUUGAGGAAGAGGUAGAGGAAGCCGCCCAAGUCGAAGAGGAAGUCGCCGCCAUUGAGGAGGAAGCUGCACCAGUCGAGGAGGAGGUUGCUGAAGAGGCUGCCCCAGUUGAAGAAGAGGCUGCUCCCACAGAAGAAGCUAUUGAGGAGAAGGCCGCACCUGAGGAAGAGGCCGCAUCCGUUGAGGAGGAAGUUGCUGCAGAGGAGGAGGAAGUGGAUGCCGUAGAAGAGGCUGUUGAGGAAGAGGCUUCCCCCGCAGAAGAAGAGGCUGCCCCCGCAGAAGAAGAGGCUGCCCCCGCAGAAGAAGAGGCUGCCCCCGCAGAAGAAGAGGCUGCACCAGUUGAGGAGGAGGCCGUGGAGGAGGCGGAGGAGGCAGAGGAGGAACCAGCAGCAGAGGAGGCAGUGGAAGAGGAGGCAGCACCAGCAGAGGAGGAAGAGGUGGUAGAAGAAGCAGCAGCAGAAGAUUCAGAACAAACAGAGGAAGCAGAAUCAGAAGAAACUCAACAGGAGGAAGCUCUUCAGGAAGAGUUUGCAGAGGAAGAAGCUGAAGUAGAUGAGCUAGAGGAGGUGAUAGAGCUUUCCCAGGCAGAAGCACAGAUGGAAGAUGAGCCAACGGAAACGUAGAGCCUGCGGUCUCAGUGCGGUAAGACUGAUUGAGGACCAGCCCACAUCGCAUCCCACUGAGCGCGUGCAGCCACGCUUCCCCACCUCCAGAGAAUGAAAAGCGUUGUCACGGCAUUCUUCACUGUCUCCCAUUUCUCACACACAAUCAGAAUCUUGUUUUUCUUUCUUUAGUGUAAAAUCUUCCAGAACUUGUUAGUACUUUUUCUCUUACCCUAUAUAUUUUUUUUUUUCUAUGAUUUUUUUUUAAACAUUUGUUAUAAUGGCAAGUAUCAAUUAAUUUCUCUUACAGAUGUAGGUAGAUAAUGUGAGGGUAGCUUUUUGCUAAUGGAAUGUAGGUUGUUUUCCCUUUCCUGUGUAUAACAAGCAGAGGUACAAGAACUUCACGUCUGAGCUGAGUUCAUCAGCAUGGAUGUCCUGUUUUUUGUUCAAUGUGAAGAUUCAAAGCUGCAGUUUUGUAUUACGAGAGUCUACACGUCAAGAUGUUGCAUAUCUAAGGCGAAGUUAUGCUGGCAGGUGAACAGACUAGUCCGGUGAUGUUUGGUGAGUGUGUGUGAGCUUCCAUACGUGUAUGAUUGAGAAUGUGUAUAGAUGUACACAACAUGACCAAAAGUAUGUGGACACCUGCUCAUCGAACAUAUCAUUCCAAAAUCAUGGGCAUUGAUAUGGAGUUG